ACGCCCAUGGGAUUUUUAUCCAAACCAAAAAAAGACGCAAUGGGAAGGUGAUUGACCGGCGAAUGAGCUCGAUGCGGCCGUCGGAAGGCGGAGGAGAUGGCCGGGAAGAGGUCGCCGCCGGCGUCGGCGCUGAACGAGUCAGGGAGAGUGGGAAGGACGAGGGCACCCCUCCGCCGGUCCUCCAGGCUCCGGCCCAUCUCAUUGCCCGCGUCUUCUCGCAGCUCGAUUGCGUCGAUCUCCUCAACUGCUCUCUCGUCUGCAAGCAGUGGUAUAGGGAGUCUGCAGAGCUGAGGGAGGGUUGGAAGAAUGAAUACUUGGAGGCCAGGCAUCUGUAUGGGAUGUCCGUUAAAAGGAAUCACAUCCACCAUCCUCCACCUGCUCUAUAAGAGGUGUGCAUAGUUGGUGCCCUUGAUUUUUUUGUUGCUUGCUCACUAUUCCAACAAGAAGCGAUGACACUGUAAAAGCAUUAACCAUGUAAGAUGAAAUAUUUCUGUAAGCUUACAUGUGCUUUCCAAGGAAGAACGUAUGCAAUAUAUAUGUCCGUAGAUGCAAGUGGUGUGACCCUAUUGUAGUCAUUGAUUGCAAUGAAUUAGUUCACAUGCAAAUUAAAAAGGCUCAUGUAAAGCUUCUGUUUUUCCAAGAAACAGAGGUUAUUUCAAAAUUCAUGACGUGUGUGUAGCUUGGAUGCUUUUGAAUAAGAUUAUUGUAUUGUUUAAUUUUCUUAGAAAUCAAACGUUUCUGUAUA